AUGUCAGAUAUUCCGAUAAUAUAUAGAUAUCCAUCUUUCACUGCCUGUUUCAAGCACCUAAACUACACGAAAAGAGUGGAACUAUCGAGAUAUUCGGUCCAAGUUCGAAAAGUUCACAGCCGGACCAGAUAUUCAUUGAAUUCCAUUUUCUUCUCUCAAAACUACGGCCCAGUUGACAAUGAAGGAGUCGCCGCCGAAGUCGGUUCAGGACAUUUACGUAUAGAAUCGAUUGAUUAUAAUUUUACUCACAAUGAAACGACUGGACAAGUGACAAUCGAAUGUUCGAUGGCACCAGGGAGACAGCGGUUUUCAAAUGAUAUUACAACUGCUAGACGAUAUUUUCAGUAUUAUUUAACGACGUCGGUUGAGGCGAUUCCGAAUGUUGAAGUCUAUGAAAGCGACAUUCCAUUCCGAGGCCUGGCGUUGCGUAUCCCGUCGUUGAAGUGGACUCUGAAUGGGAUGAGAGAAUUCCCUCUGCUUAUUUUCCCAGCAGAUCACACUUUCGAUAAACUGGAAUUUAUUAAUUAUGGAGUUGUUCUAUUCGGAGAUCAUCAUAUCAGAAAAUGCCGGCAUCUGAUUCUACAGAAACGAGAGAUCCAACCUGAAUUCGAAUUCGGAAAUGAGGAUCGAAACAUCGAAAGUUAUUGCUUAUUAACGAAUGAAAAAAUCGAAGUGUAUAUCGGUCUCAAUUAUGUUGAGAGCUUUGUCAUCCUUUGUACUCGCCUCCUUAAUGCCGCAGUCCACUGUACUGGAUCGUCAUUCACUGGAAUCUUCCGAGUCGCCGCCUUCCAAAAAGAAUAUCUGUGGCACUUGUUGCGCGAAAAACACCAGAAUGUCGUGCUUGGACACCUCAAAGGGAAGGAAUGCUUGGUGUUGCGAUUGACAAACGAAGACAUCAUCGCCGUUUUUGAAGAUUAUUUCAACGAAGACACCGCUCAAAUGGAGAGUUUCACCGUGAUCAAGUUGAAGAGAAUAAUGGAAACUGAUGAGGUCGAGGAACUAACGGAAGGGCUCGAAACUCUAUAA